GCCGGGCAGCAUGGUCCCCCGCGCCUUCCUCCUGCUCAUCUUCCUGCUUUUCGCCGGAAGUGCGGCCUGCCUGCUGCUCCUGCCCCUCUGGGCGCUACUCCGCGAGUGUUAUCCCGGGGGGCUGGUUGUGCGACAUGGAAUGCAAGGACGAUUUAUGGAUUUACAACAGGUCCACGCACAAUCCCAAGUACAAGAAAAUAAAUCUGAAGAAAGCAUUACAGGAUUUAUAAAGGUGAAGAUGAUUUCUUACAUAUUGGUAAUUAUAUCUAGCGAGGAAACUGUCAAGGGAAAUCAUAUUUCAGGACCAUCUGGGAAACCGGCCAAUGUUUCAAAAAUUCCAGAGAAGUCAGUCAAGAGCCGCUCGAGAGAAACUUGAAUGUAAUUGGAAAAGUGAGACAAGAAAUGCUGCACAGCUAAGCUAAAGAAUAGGAGGAGAAGACGUCGGACCUUCUGAAAUGAAAUAUGAAAUAAAAGUAAACGUAAUCUGUCAGAUGCUGGCACAAAACAAACAUUUCAUGAGCAUUUCUCACAAAUCAGCUGAGAAAAUCAUAACUAGAACGAAAAGGCCAUUGGUUAAAAUUCAAGGCAUUAACCCUAAAAUAAGACAAAAGAGCCAAUAAAGUCUGGCUCAUAUAAUAUGUAGAAACAGAAAGCUUCAACCCCAUUAAUUUUUAAAAAUCCAUAAAACCUUGGAUAUUUAAGGCAAAGAAAACAAGGAAACCUGGAUCGUCUAAAGUGAAGAAAAAGACAGGAAACCAAGGAGAAACUAACGAGGAAAUCUAAAACUGAAACAGACAAAACGAAAAGUAGAGAAAAGUGCAGCAAAAUUGAGAUCCAACUGAAACAAGAGAGGAAAGAUCAAGAAAACCUCAACUUUCAGAAUUUAAGAAGCAAAAUCCAAAAACAUGUGAAUCCUCCAAGGUGUUAAAAGUGAAACAGCUGUGACAAAAACGUGAAUCACGUAAGAUAAUGAAAACCUGGUUCAUCUGAGGAGGUAAUAACUGGGUUCAUCAGAGAAAAGGAAAUGUAUUAAUGAAGAGAUAAAAUUGAGUGUACAUUCACACAGUGAUAUCUUUAAGAGGCUUAGGAAUUUCUUACGUAAUUUCAGUUUAAUAUGUACUUUUGGAAUUGCUCUUUGAACUGUGGGAUUGCAUUAUAUGCAGUAUUUUUUGUGGAAUAACUUUCAUACAUUAAGGUCGCAUUUUAUUUUGCACUGAUUAAUUUCCAUGCAUUCGUAUUGUAUUUUAAGAAGGAACUUUUUUGCUAUAUACUUAUUACACAUUAUAAAGUGUUCAUGAUCCAAUGAAGGCUUUCUUAUACCACGAGGUCUAUACAGCAAGACAAGAUUAAUUGAACUAAGUACGUCUAGAUUACAUUGGUAAAAACAAUUUGAUCAUUUAAACUAGAAAAUCACAGAGCCUCACACGACUUCCAAGUUCUUUAGCCGUGGUGGCUAGACUAUUUACUUGUUUAGCAAAGAUAAAUAUUCCACACAACGCAUUGAUCACAAAGAGAAAUAUGUAUCUUACGUUAAUGUAGGGGAUUACCCCCACCUUGGACCUCUGCCCACGCCUCGACUAAUUUUACAUGGUCUUUCCUUUUCCUUCUCUACUUCAUCCCCUUCCGUCCACUUAGCCUAAUCGUUAACUCCAUUUUACCCUUUACGCCAUAAUACUUUAUCAUAAUGCUUCUUGACCUUUGAUUUCUAGCACCUUUGUUUGUUUAAACAAUCAACCAUUCUGAAAAUCAACAACCAUCGCCUAUUGAACUUCCUUACCUGGGGGCUUCUCCCCGAAGCCCCACCCUAUUGCUAUAUUGUGAAUACACCGCUAAUGACCUUAGAUGUUGGCGCGGCAGAAAAUGUUCAAUAAAUAAUAAAUUAUGUUAAAUGGGGGCAUGAGAGAAUGUGAUUAUAAAAUAAACUCGAACUGUG